GGCUCCUCCCCGGGGCGGUGCCGGUGCCGGCGGCGCGGACGGCGGCGGCGACGCGGGGCCAUGGUGAAGAUCGGCGUCCAGCAGCCGCCGGCGGGGCUCAAGCCGGAGAAGGAGAAGGCGAAGGCAGCGGCGGGGGGCGAUGGGGCGGCGGGCACUGUGCUGCUGCCCUCGGGCGCCGAGGAGCCGGCGCCCAUGGUGCAGGGCCGGAGGUCAUCGCUCAGCGGGGUGUGCUACCUGACCAUGGGUCUCCUUGUGCUGCUCCUGGGCUUGGUCUUUGCAUCGAUGUAUGUGUACAGAUACUUCUUCAUCACCCAGCUGCCCCGUGAGAGCGUGUUUCACUGCGGAGUCCUCUACGAAGACUCGCUGUACUCGCCGUUCAAAGGGCAGCUGGAGUUGCACGAAGACGUCAAGAUUUACAUUGAGGAGAACUACGAGCAAAUCAAUGUCCCAGUGCCCCAGUUUGGAGGGAGUGACCCUGCGGACAUCAUCCAUGAUUUUCAGAGAGGUCUGACAGCUUACCAUGACAUAACGCUGGAUAAGUGCUACGUCAUCGAGCUGAACACCACCAUCGUGAUGCCUCCUCGCAACCUGUGGGAGCUGCUGGUUAACGUGAAGAAGGGGACGUACCUGCCUCAGACGUACAUAAUCCAGGAGGAGAUGAUUGCAACUGAACAUGUCAGUGACAUGGAGCAGCUUGGCUCCUUCAUCUAUCGCCUCUGCAGCGGCAAGGAGACCUACAGGCUGAAGCGGAGGAGCGCAAGGAGACGUAUCAGUCGACGUGAGGCUGGAAACUGUCAUCGUAUUCGUCACUUUGAAAACACUUUUGUGGUUGAAACUGUUAUCUGCAAAAAGUCAUGAAGCUGCUCUCCUGACGUAACCUUCCCUGGCUUUGCUUGCACACACACGCGCACACGUGCUCUCAACCCUCUCUUCACACAUGGCAACCUGUCUUACUUUUUUUACGCCCUCCCCUGCUUGUGCAGCUCUAACCUUUUGGGUCUGUUGUGGCCCCAGAGUGGAUUCUCUUCUCUCCCUGCUACCUACCUGAGAUGUUUGCUGGGCUUAAAUUUACACAGUAGUCAAAGUCUGGGAGUAGAUGCAGUUUGUUCCACACCACAGGACAGAAUCUCUUUUGGGAGCAAGUUUAGGGUAGACGGGAUGGCUGAGAAAUAGGAGUGCUGGGAAUAGGUGCUUUUUUCCUGGCUGAGCAAUUUCAGGCUGGUGUAGUGCUUGAAGGCUGCCUUGGCACUGGGACAGAAGGCAUAUGUACAAGAGAAGGGUUACCAUUUUGAUGCUGAUACAAUGACCAGAAAUAUGUAACCAGAUGCAGUUAGGAAAAGAGCAGCUUUGAGGAUACAGGCAGGGUGAUUCCAAAAGCUCGGCAGAGGGAGGUUUUCUGCCCAAACCAUGCUGUGGUGGUCCCAGCUUGCUCUGUGCUGUCCCCCCAAAGACCAGAUUUUCAAACACUGAAGGCAGCCACUAUGUGUUGUUUCUAUGGCUGGUUCCCAGGCUCACUCCUCACCACGUCUCCUCCUGAACGUGAUGUGGCUCAGUGUGACCCACUGGGCAAUGCAGGGUGUCCCGGUGGGUGUUUGUGGUGGGCAGGAGGCCAGGGCAAGGGGCAGUGAGGUGGGAUGGGAAUGACACGGGUGACACAGUGUGUCCCUGCUCCCAGGCCGUGAAGCAGAGCGAAGUGCAAGGCUGUGUAGCCUUUAACACGCAGUUGCAGCUGCUGUGCGUCCUGGGCAGCUCUGCUGUCUCUCUACCCCAGUCAAUAAAGAGGUGAAUCCCUGCAAGGCAGCAGAGCUCCACUGAUGUCCCACUGUUGUAGGCCAUGGCUGCGGGUGGAGCUGAUGGGUUUCUCCAGCCUUGUGUCCAUCCUGGCCAGCUCUGCUUGCCUGGAAAGCUGAGUUAUGUUUGCACAGGUCCUUCUUUCUGGGUUGUUGAGAUCCCAUCUGUUUGUGGACGGGUGCCAUGCCGGCGUACAGAGUGGUGUCAGCAGCAGAACUGGUGGUUACUGUCAAGUGCAGAAGCAGGUUUUUUUUCUCUUUUUUUCAGCAGAGCGUGUAUUCUUGCAUAACUCCUGAUGAAAGCUGUUUUAAUAGUAAUUAAUGUUGUCCAGCUGUGUCUCACGUUAUCUGCAGGCACCAUUGUAGUACAGUUAUUGAUACAAGGCAAGAUCCAGCUGAUCGAUAUACUGCAGAGAAAUUGUGUGAACAAAACUGCAUUUCUAUUGAUCAUCAGACAGAAGAUUUGCAGAGUAAUUAAAUAUUCUUCCCUCUGUUCCAUAAAUAUAAUUAAAACUAAUUAGGUUCUUGAAAUGCAGGCAGUUUUUUGGCUUGAAAGAAUAGAGUGAGUUUCAACUUGGCAUAUUUUUGUGAACUGGUUUCCAGCAAAUCUGGACUUGUUCACCAUCUGUUGAAAUGAGCUUGUUGUUUUAGAAGAGGAAGGAUAAAGUAAAUGCAAGUACAAUCAUUAGCUCAGCAGAACCAAAAAAAGUGAAUAUAUUUUAGAAUAAUACUUUUAAGUAAUAAUAUUAUGAGUUAAUUAUGUGAAAACAAAACAGGAUAUCAAAAUGGUAAUGUAAUGCAAUAGGAAUUUUUAUGUCUUACAGGCUGAGAUUUUUUUUGUGUGUGUAAAUGUAGAGUCAACUAUACACAUUAAAUUUUACCAGGUAGAGGAGGACAGUUUGGUCUCAUUCUGCUUUAAGUUUGAUGUAAAAUGAAGUUAUGUGCACUUCAUGCAGGUUGGUAAGGAAGGUUUCUCACUGCCAGAGGGGUAUUUGCUUUUCUAUGGUACUGUUGCAUUUUUCCAGUGAUAACUUGCUACUAGCCCUGGCAUUUCAUUGUGAGUGGAUGACAAGAAGUGGGUCAGAGAAUUGGUUCAUUUACUGCAAACUGGUAAAUUUAAGCCCUGUGUUUCUCCUUAUUUCUUGGAAUCUAAGCCUGCACUCAGGUGAGCAUACAGACCUUUUUGCCCUUCCUUCUGAUUCUGCAUGAAUUAAUGGUCAUUGAAUAUGCUAACUGUGCAAUUCUGCAGCUGUAAGGACAAAGCUUGGUUCUUUAAGGUGAACUAACGUAGUCACUAUUUCAUACAACAAGAAUGCAGUUGUCUAGAAAGAAAACAUAAAAUGCUUUGUAUAUUUUGUCUCGUAGGACUCUUACUUCUUAGGAAAAAUCCGUGGGAUAAUAAAAUCUUUUACCUCUGA